AUGGGCCAACCUAGUACGCUGCCGUUAAAAAAGAAGAAAAAGCGGUCUUUUUUCGAGGACGAUGACUUCUUCGUGCUCAAGAAGAAUAGAAAGACAAAAUCACCUGCGCUAAAACCGACUCUGCCCAAGAAACCUACUGAAAACGUUAAUGGGGUCAGCAGUGGAGCAUCCAGCGACAAUAUUCUCUCAGACGAUUUGGUGCAGUCGUUUCAUUCAGCCCGUGAUACUUUCUCCGGUGAUGAAGGUGUUGAGGUUCCUGAUUUGGAAGCACUGAAGGGUCCUAACAGUCAAAUACAGAAGGAUACUGAAAUUCUACAAGAUGUCGAGCAUUUGAAAGAAUCUAAAGAAGAACAUGAGAAAGACUCUCAGAAAAAUCACAUACAAGUGGUUGAUGAUGUAGAAGAUGACCCCGACUCUGCAUUGAGUACUUUCUUCAAGGGGAUUUCGUCUCAGAAAGAAGACCUCUCCAGAAUCUACCUAGUGAGAGUGAUUUCCAAGGUUUUUGAGUGUGAAGAUGAGGUCGAGGUUAGUGGAGACUUCAAUUUCGACAGCAUAAUGCGAGAGGUGCUACUAAGACGAGGUUAUAACAUGCAACUACCAGAAAAUUGCUUAUUGAUGUGGGUGGAGGGUCGAUCAGAGCUCAAGCCAUUCUUCAAGCCCAGCACGCUUCGAAUACCACCAUCUGCGUAUGGAGCACCCAGCAGAGUGACGGUGCUACAUAUUGCCAAAUUUCAACUUGGAGAUUUGGAACGUUUUUAUGACCAAUAUGGCAACAAGGACUCUGGCACUACAGUGCAUUUUGAGGUUAUGGACAAUUCAGUGGAUAUUGAAGAUGUAGUGGAUGAUCUGGUGGUUUUGGUAGACGAAAUCACUAGUCCCAAGGAUUCUCCAAGUCCACAGCAUUCGUCGGAGUAUUUUGUGAUUGGACUCAAAGGUAAAGACAAUAAGCGGAUUGAGUGUGAGGUUGGGCCUCAGACGAAGAUCCGAGAUCUACUUGCGCAUUAUUUGAAGGUGAAGGGAUUGGAGAAAGUCGAUGUCGGAAAGGCAAAACUAAUAUUUGAUGACGAGCCACUAGACUUGGAUGGGAAAGUGGGAGACACAGAACUCGAAGAGGACUUUGAGGUUCAGAUUUAUAUUUAG